AUGUCGACGGACCAUCAGGAAGCAGCAGACAUAGACUCUAUUGUCGACAGAUUACUAGAAGUAAGAGGCUCUAGACCCGGUAAACAAGUCACUUUACAAGAACACGAGAUUCGUUAUCUCUGUACUAAGGCAAGAGAGAUUUUUAUCCAGCAACCUAUCCUCUUGGAGUUGGAAGCACCAAUCAAGAUAUGUGGAGACAUUCACGGUCAGUACUAUGACUUGUUGCGAUUAUUCGAAUACGGCGGUUUCCCUCCCGAGGCAAACUAUCUUUUCCUUGGUGACUAUGUCGAUAGAGGUAAACAGAGUUUGGAGACUAUUUGUCUCUUGUUGGCCUACAAAAUUAAGUAUCCCGAAAACUUUUUCAUCUUGAGAGGAAACCACGAGUGUGCCUCAAUCAACCGUAUUUACGGAUUCUACGACGAGUGUAAGAGAAGAUACAAUAUCAAGUUGUGGAAAACAUUCACCGAUUGCUUCAAUUGCUUGCCCAUUGCUGCGAUUAUCGACGAAAAGAUCUUUUGUAUGCACGGAGGCUUGUCGCCAGACUUGAACUCGAUGGAACAAAUUAGAAGAGUUAUGAGACCAACAGAUAUCCCAGAUGUCGGUUUGUUGUGCGACUUGUUAUGGUCUGACCCCGAUAAGGACAUCACGGGAUGGUCUGAAAACGAUCGUGGUGUCUCAUUCACAUUUGGCCCCGAUGUCGUAUCUCGUUUCUUGCAGAAGCACGACAUGGACUUGAUCUGUAGAGCUCACCAGGUUGUUGAGGAUGGCUACGAAUUUUUCAGCAAAAGACAGUUGGUGACUUUGUUCUCCGCUCCAAACUACUGUGGCGAAUUCGAUAACGCUGGUGCAAUGAUGUCAGUUGACGAAUCCUUAUUGUGCUCCUUCCAAAUCUUGAAGCCAGCCGACAAGAAACCAAGGUAUCCUACCGGAGGAGCCAAUGUUGGGAACAGAUCAAGUGGUGCGAACACACCGGGCAGAAAGCAAAAGAAGGCAGGGAAAUAA